GACGCACAUACGUCUUGCACCCAGUGCGCGCUGAUGGCGGACAACAGCGACUUCACAAACGCCCAGAGAGUCCGGAGAGAGAAAGUCACUCCCAGAGACGCCCGCACCGGGGCUGUAGCGCUGUCAUUUAGGCACCUGUUUUGGGAAGUAGAAGGAGGUUACUUUUAGUCCCUUUUUUGUUGCGGGUUUCACUUUGAACGGGGUAAUAUGUGGGACGGGGGAAGAGUGGACUGUGAUAGACCGGACAGGAUUUAGACAGAGCAGAGCGCAGCGCAACGCAACGCAUGCGGCUCUGUAACUUAGUGACAGAAAUAACAAAAGCCCCAAAAGAAGACGCUUCCCGACCGGAGGAUAUUAUUAUAGUCCUACUGUGGAUAUUUGCUCCGCCAGCAUGAAGUUUGCGGAGCACCUGUCCGCGCAUAUUACUCCAGAAUGGAGGAAACAAUAUAUUCAAUACGAGGCUUUCAAGGAGAUGCUGUAUGCGGCCCAGGACCAGGCCCCAUCCAUAGAAGUCACAGAUGAAGACACCGUCAAACGGUACUAUGCCAAGUUUGAGGAGAAGUUCUUUCAGACGUGUGAAAAGGAGCUUUCCAAGAUCAACACAUUCUAUUCAGAGAAACUGGCUGAGGCACAGCGUCGAUUUGCAACUUUGCAGAAUGAGCUGCAGACGUCUCUGGAUGCCCAGCGGGAGAGCAACGCUCCAGGGCUGCGCAGUCGCCGCAAAACGGUGUUUCCUUUGUCCAACAAAGAGCGCAACAAACAUCGCAACAUUAAAGACCUGCAGCUGGCCUUCAGCGAGUUCUACCUCAGCCUCAUCCUCCUGCAGAACUACCAGAAUCUGAACUUCACUGGAUUCCGUAAGAUUCUGAAGAAACAUGACAAGAUUCUGGACACACAGCGUGGAGCCGAUUGGCGUGUGGCUCACGUGGAGGUGGCUCCGUUCUACACCUGUAAGAAGAUCACACAGCUCAUCUCAGAGACCGAGGCUCUGGUGACCACAGAGCUGGAAGGAGGUGACCGUCAGAAGGCCAUGAAGAGGCUGAGGGUGCCACCUCUUGGAGCAGCACAGCCUGCACCUGCCUGGACCACCUUUCGUGUGGGACUGUAUUGUGGGGUCUUCAUUGUCCUGGCUGUCUCCUUUGUCCUUACUGGUGUUUUUAUCAUUCAAAAUAAGAACAUCUGGCCACUGGUGCGCAUCUAUCGUGGCGGUUUCCUGUUGGUUCAGUUUCUCUUCCUCUUGGGGAUUAACACUUACGGCUGGAGGCAGGCGGGUGUCAAUCAUGUGCUGAUCUUUGAGCUGAACCCUCGAAACAAUCUUUCACAUCAACAUCUGUUUGAGAUUGCUGGGUUUUUGGGGGUGUUGUGGUGUCUCAGCAUCCUAUCCUGUCUGUUUGCGGACCACAUUUGGAUCCCUAUGCAGGCGAACCCCCUCAUCCUCUACGGCUUCAUGGUGCUCUUCCUCAUCAACCCCUUCAAAACUGCCUACUACAAAUCCCGUUUCUGGCUCAUCAAACUUCUGUUUCGUGUGUUCACCGCCCCAUUCCACCGAGUGGAGUUUGCAGACUUCUGGCUGGCAGAUCAACUCAACUCCCUGGUCAUCGUGCUCUCGGAUCUGGAGUAUCUGGUGUGUUACUAUAGCAUGGAGCUGCAGUGGGGAGAUCACAGUGGCUUACUGCCCUCCACAUAUGGUGAUGAACGGUGUAACAGCUACUCUUACGGAGUUCGGGCCAUCAUCCACUGUCUGCCUGCCUGGCUGCGGUUUGUUCAGUGUCUGCGGCGUUACCGUGACACAAGGAGGGCCUUCCCUCACCUGGUGAAUGCUGGGAAAUACUCCACCACCUUCUUUGUGGUCACAUUUGCCGCCCUUUACAGAACUCAUAAAGAUCAGAAACAUGCUGACGCUGAGGUGUUUUUCUACAUGCUGAUCCUGUCUUCAGUCGCCAGUUCACUCUACACACUGAUCUGGGACCUAAAGAUGGACUGGGGUCUUUUCGACCGCAACGCAGGCGAGAAUACCUUCUUGAGAGAGGAGAUUGUCUACCCACAUAAAGCCUACUACUACUGUGCCAUUAUAGAAGAUGUGAUCUUGCGCUUCGCCUGGACACUGCAGAUCUCUCUGACUUCUAUGACUGCCAUUCCUUCCAUUGAGGACAUUGUGGUUACCAUUUUAGCUCCUCUUGAAGUGUUUAGGCGUUUUGUUUGGAACUUCUUCCGUCUUGAGAAUGAGCACUUGAAUAACUGUGGUGAGUUCCGAGCAGUGCGGGACAUCUCAGUGGCUCCUCUAAACGCUGAUGACCAGACGCUGCUGGAGCAGAUGAUGGACCAGGAGGAUGGAGUCCGGAACAGACAGGGCAAAAAGAGCUGGAAACGAAGCUACAGCCUCUCCUUACGACGACCACUGCUGUCCUCUCAGUCUAAGAAGGAUACUAAGGUGCUCAUUGAGGAUACGGAUGAUGAGGCCUUCAGCUAAACCCAGAUCUCGCUGUCACGCCACCUGUCUCUGCUUUCAAUUGGUUCCUCACAGAGCUGCCUCAGCACACCUGAUCCCAAACACACACAUAUUCACACACUUUCUCUUUUCAACACCCACAAAAUCAUCCAAAGACAGAGUAGUGGACAGAGUUAAGCACAAAAACAGCUGUGAGACAUAUCAGGACACAACAGUGACAUCGUACAAACAGUGACAUCGUACAAACACUGACACACACAUACAACGAGAUAUAUAUAUAUAUAUAUAUAUAUAUAUAUAUAUAUAUAUAUACACGCAUGGAAAAGCCAAGUGUGGAAUUUUCCUCAAGGUACUUUUUUUAUUCGACUUUUUCAUUUUGUUCUUCUAUAUUGAUAGUUUUUUGUACAUUUGUUUAGGUUUUUGAAUCUAUAUUACUGCAUAUGACUGUUUACAAACUUAAAAUAAUAACUAGGAACUACAGGGAGGAGAGGUAUCAUAUGAAAGAAUAAUAUAAUAUCGUAUAACGCACGGACUCAAGUCGCACACUGUAACUGCAGCGCAUUCAGAAAUAACAACAGCUCAGUAGCUGAUGUUUGUUAUAUUCUUUAAAUUCUUUUUUUCUUUCAUUUAAUUUGUUUUGAGUUGUCACGACAUGAGAGCACGGCCCUGGUGGCACUUUUUGGAAAUGCUUCAUAUUUCUAAACCAUAAGAAACAUACAAUGUUUAGAGGUUUAUUGUUUCAUCAUAUUUAAUAUGCAAAUAUGUUGUAUUUUUUUAUUUUUUAACAUGCAUUGCUUUGAUAUCAAAGCUGUCAUAUUUUUUGCCAUGUAUGGUUUGUGUUUGAGAGAAUGGAGUGUGCAUGUGUGUUUUUUCUUUUGGGAAGCGAUAGCUGAUGUUAAGCUAAAAGUUUAUAUUUUGCUGUCUUCUGAGGAUGUAUAGAAUUGCUAUUUUCAUUGAUACUUUUACCAGUGCAACUACUGUAAGUAAACCUGGUUAAUAUUUGAAAUACCAUUUGGGUAAAAAAAAAAAAAAAAAGAUGUCCUCUGAAAAAGAUCAGAUGAUUCUGUGAACUAUUUCAAUUGUAAUGAUGCACUAAACUAAAAAGAUUCAGAUAUAAUUGUCACCCCUCUGCAAUCUGAAUGGAAGUGAACCAAUGUGUUUCCUACAUGGCAUUUUGUAUCACUUAUCAAGCAUUGCCAUAACCACUGCAAGCCAAAGAGGAAAUGCAAACACUGCCAAUUCCUACGGUUGUGAUAUCAGUUUUGUAUUAUGGUAAACCAUAUGAGAUGUUGUGCAUCAAAAAGUAGUUCCCGUGUGGUGAGGAGACAUCUUUUAUGUAAGCUUUUUCCUUACCAACAUCUUAACAGUGAUCGCAGUUUGAUUAUUUGUAUGCUUGAUGAGUGUGGUAAUAUCUUUAAAAUCAGUUUUACAUUUAAAUGAAAAAAAAAAAGUGAUUGUACAUGAUUUAUAAUGUACAUUUUUGCAAGACAGCUGUAACUACUUGUCUUUCGUACAUUUUCAUACAUAGUCUUUGAAUUUCAAACAGCAUAUUUAAGAGAAAAGCAUCUGUUUUCAUCUUUUCUUCGAUGGCAUAGAGUGAAGACUGUCAUUUUAACUGAUAGUGACUUUUAUUAUAAUUAAUAUUCAUUGUUGUCAUCAAAAAAAAAAAGAGAGAAAACACCAGGGCUGUUUUAGCUGAUAUGUUUGUUUUGCUUAUUUUUUUCAGUUUUUAGUUUAUUUUGAUACUCUUUCAGCAGCAUGCGUCCUUGUAUUUUUGCAAGCACAAUCUUUCAGCUGUAACUAAAAUCAAAAGAUGGCUUUGUCUUCACAAUCUCUUCUUAAUUGCUCUUUAAAAGAAAAGUGUUAAUGCUAAUGAAAAAAACGAUGUACAGAUAGCAGGCGUUGUGUUUGUGAGUAACAUUUUAGUUAAUUUUAGGUUUAUUUUUUUCGCUUUUCGCACAUUUGAGGCAAAAUCUAAAUGUUCAUACAUUUAUGUAGUUUGGAUUACAAAACACAGAAGAAGGGAAAAACUACAUGUGAUUUGUGGUCGCAAAAGAAUAUAGAGUGCUAUCCUCAUUGAAAAUGUGGUGUUGCUGUGUUAACGUGCGGUCCUUUUGUCCUUUAAUAUGACUGAAAUAUCAAUCUUGUUGUUCUCAAAAUGGUCUUUUGGCACACGGUGUCUUUGCUGUCUUUAGUUCUUGACUCUCAGAACUGACUGAAUCGAGUAGACUAUCGAGUCGCACACAAAAAUUGUAGAAAUUAUACACUUUCUGAACUAAUAUCACCGUAUACGGAUGCUGAGCACAAAUUUGCCCCAUCCAGUGCUUUUUGUAAUGCAUUGCCAAUUGUCUUGCCUGCAUGCUGCUUUUGUUUUGCACUGUAAAUAGUUUAAUUUUUUACGUUUUAAUUGUGUAAAAGAAUGUUGGUUAAUUUAUUGUACUAAUUAUUUAUGUACAAGUUGGAGACUUUUGCUUUAAAUGAGCAGUAUUAUGGUAGAUGAAGGGCAUUUUUGAUUAGUCACAAUCUCACAGUCUUACAUAUGUGAAUUCUGUCGACAUAGUGUAACUUAAGACGCUUUAGUGAAUAUGGAAUGUGAUCGGUUUUAUCUACAGUAGGUGUAUAUUUCUACUCGUAACACUUUCAUCCCCAGGGUUUGUGCCCAUUUGACAGGACUUGUUGGGUGACGGUGGUUUCAGGUCGAUGAACUGAUCUGGCUGGGGAGGACUGAGAGACGAUUGGGACAUGUUAACAAUCUCAUUAACACCCUAACUAGGGGUUCUGAACCCUCAAAAUGUAGGGUUUUUAUUUUGUACUUUUUUUUUACUUUUACAAAUACAGAACUGGAAUAAUACACAAGCCCUGACAUCAUUUCUUCAUGGGGGGAAAAACUAUGUUGACUUGAUUGCUUGCUAAACCCAUGAUGUUAAGUGCUUGAUAUCUCUGCAUCUUUUCUAUCUCCUGUCUUGAUGUUGUAUCCCUUCUUAAAUACUUGACUGUGACAUUGUUUGUAGUUGAUAGAUGGUUGUACUUUUGAGUAAGUAAAGACUUAAAGAAAAAUAGAAAAAACUUGUGGUUCUGUGAUUAAAUAGAGAUAUAAAAAGAGAGAAAAUGUCCCAGAGUUUCCCCUUUUACAGAGUAGUUUGUAAAUGUUGAGUGUAAUUCCUAUGAUGGUUCCACUGAUGAUCUCAUUUGUGUUUCUGUAUACACUUUGGUGAUCCUGUCAUAUUUGGGUUUUAUAAACCACGCUUAUUUUUAAAACCUUCA